AUGCCCGUCAUCACAAUCACGUCCAAGGAUCAGUUUGACGAGCUCAUCAAGAAAACCCCCUUCGUCGCUGUCCAGGCCAGCGCAUCCUGGUGUGGUCCCUGCAAGGCCAUCUCGCCCAUGUUCGUCAAGCACUCCGACGCCCUCGGCAUCGACAACACCUACGCCUUCGCCAAGUUCGACACCGAUGACGUUCCCGAUCUCGCCAUGGAGCUCGGCGUCCACGCUCUCCCCACCUUCUACUUGUUCGAGAACGGCGACAAGACCAGCAGUGUCGCUGGUGCCAACCCGCCCGCAUUGGAGAAGACCGUUAAGGAGGUUUCCGAAAAGGCCAAGGCCAAGGGUGCUGCUGUGAGUAACUAA